CAUUUCCGCUCUACGUAGGUGUUCUUCCUGGUUGUUGAUUCCCAUGUGAAAGUAGCAACAUCUCUGCCAUUAGCAAGUUUCAGUAGAAUGCACGCGGUAAUUGGAAAUAACCCUCGAUAGCGUGAGUAGACGCGCGCGCGCUUUUUGCUGUAAAAGCGUCUCCUUUUGAGCUGAAGGAUUCAUGCAAUGCAGUAUUCAUUUUGACUAAGUCCAAAAUGCCCGACUGCUGUGCCGCAGCAAACUGCGAGCAGAGUACGGACCAGUCCAACGUUUCCUUCUUCAGGUUCCCACUGGAUCCCGUUCGAUGUAAACAAUGGGUGGGAAAGUGCCAAAGACCAGAUCUGGAGACCAAAACACCUGAAGAUUUACACAGGAACUACAAAUUGUGCUCAAAACACUUUGAGACCUCAAUGAUAUGUCAGCAAAUCUUCCAGAUGUCUGUUUUGAAGGAUGAUGCUGUUCCUACUGUUUUCAGUUUUGCAACCAACCAGGACAAUGCACAAACUGGCAACAUAAAAAGGACAUGGGAGAAAACAGGAGAGGAGCCGGUUGCCACAAAGAAAUCUAAAGGUACCAUCAAUAACUCGAACCCCUCUUUGCCAGAGGCACAAGAUAAAGUUGAGAGUGAUUCUGCUGAGAACAGCGAAACACUCAAUCCUCCUGCACAUGAGGAGUCAGAGGAGGAUCCUGCUAUUUCCAAAGCGAAGGAAACUUUGAAAGACUACUUCAAGGAGACUUUAGCCUUCAUUGGUUUUAGCAUCGCCAACAAUGCAUCUCUUAACGUUGUUAAACCACUGGGGAAUGACCCAGCUGGGUCACUCUCUGUCAACACCAUAUGUGCAGAGAAGAUCGACCAAAAAGAAGUGCUCACCUUAGGUGAGGAUGUCAUGCGUGAGGAGAUCCGUAAUAGCUUGCGGCUUGCGCGCUUUUUUUCCAUAUCUCUCCAAGACAAGGUAAACAUUGAUGGCAAGGACCAGAUUCCUGUGUUUAUCCGCUCAGUCACAAGUGAAGGCUUCCCACAGAAGCACCUCAUGGGAUUCCUUCCCUGUGAUGUAGACUCUGAAAGUCUGUUCCUUAUGCUUAUAUCUGAAAUCCGAAACAAGUGGGGUCUGCGGAUGGAGCACUGCCGCGGCUUCACCUACCUGUCAUCAGGUGCCAUGUGUCAGAAACUGAAGGAUCUCUCAUGCAGGAUGCUGCAGGAUUUUCCACAGGUAGUUUUGUCCCCUAGUGAACCUUACGCUUUCAAUGUGUGGUUGAUUCGCUCCAUGCCCAUCCUUCUAAUUCAGGAUGUUGUUGAUACUUUAGAGCAGGUUGCUUCCAUUAUUAGGCAAUUGGAAACUCUGGCAAAGAAACUUGAUGCCAAGAUCAUUGCUUCGUACAGCCACAUCAAAGGCGAAGUGGACAGAGUAAAGGAGUCCUGUCAGAACCAUUGGGAACAUGCCACAGAUGCUUUUCAGACAAUGCUUGAUAUCUUAGAGCCACUUUUGAGCAGCAUUGGAGAGAUGUGCACCAGUGCCCUUUCAGAUGUGGACGCUGACACAGUCGUAGGGCUUCUAAUGCUGAAAGAGAAGCUGAUGAACUUCAAUUUCAUCAUUACUCUUGUGGUUUUGAAAAACACGCUGUGUUGCGUGAGCAUCCUGAACCCUAGUCUCAAGGGAAUAAUCAACAUCAGCAGCACUUUGCAGUACACCAUCUCCAACACCUUAAAGCUUUUAAACAAACAUAUGCAGGAAAUCAACAUUUUUCACAGGAAGUGGUUUUCUGAUGCAGUGGCCAGAGCCAAGAAGUUGGGGGUGCCAGUGGAUCUGCCAGUGGAGAUGGUGACAAAUGGUGAUGGUGCGGAGAAACUUCAAGCCUCAUUGGAGGAUUACUACAGAGAAGCACUGAGUAAGAAGGUUAUACAAUACCUUGUUGAUGAAGUCAAAAGAGUCCUAGGCACUGAAAUGGCAAGAAACCUCAGAUGGUUGUCAUUGGUGCCCUCAUAUAUGGCUGACCUCAAUUUUAGCGUACGCAAAAACAGAGUUACUGAUGCUAACCUGAAUAACUUGGCUCGGUUUGACUCCUUUUAUGAUGAGCUGGGCUGUUGGGAAGUGAAAUGGCGAAAUGCUAGCAAGCAAAGGAUUCUUCCCACCAGUGUUUUUGGUACCUUAAAGAUCCCAGAUAUAGGAUUUUACCCAAAUGUACAGAGCCUGUUGAGAGUUUUGGGCACCAUCCCUUGUGUCCGCGCUGAAUCAGAUGUGUAUGAGCACUAUGACAUGGUGUUGGACCGCUAUCACUCCUACAUGAAAGAACUACCAGCGGAAAAGAGACUGAGCAAUAUGGCCUUUGUUUAUGUCAAUCAAGAUGUCCACUUCAGCGUUGAGGAAAUGGUGGAGGCGUAUGUGAAGAAAUAUCCAGAAAUCUUGCAGCUAUUACGUGAAGAUGAUGUAACGGAAGUGCAACCAUCAGUUCCUGAAACCAGUGCAAAUGAUGCCUCUAAAGAAGAUACAGAAGAACAGAGAGAGAUGACUUUAAAUAUGGACAUUGAGAGACCAAAACUGCCUGAGUAUGCAGAAACUGAUAAAGAGGCAUUCAAAUCUGCAUUACAGGCAGCUGUCACCACAGCAUACAGUAGGCAAAGCAGACACACUCAGGGUGAUCAAGAGCAAGAAUUAGAAUAUGUGACCAAAUCCGAGAUGAAUGAAGUCCUUAAAGUUUGUGAGGAUGUUGUUAGGGAUAGGAUUCUUUUAGAGGCCGGAAAUUCAUUCUUCUCCCUGUUUAUCGACAGAGUUGUUAGAUUCGGAGAGACAGAAUACAUUCCCAUGUUCAUCAGAUUUGUUGACAGUUUUGAUGUCAUGCGCCUUGAGCUUCUGGGUUUUAUCGAGGUUAGGCAUGACACUGAGGCCAUGUGUGAACGACUUUUUGAUGUAGUCACCAAUGAGUGGCGUCUGGAUUUGAGCUACUGCAGAGGUCAAGCUUACCUUGGCUCUGGGGAAGUAUCCUACAAGCUCAAGGCCUUUGCAUGUAAAAUACAGGAGAAGUAUCCUCUUGCUAUAUGCACACACUGCUCGUGUUACUCUUUCAAUACCUGGUGGUCAAGGUCAGUUCCAGUAGCUGCAGUCAUCAGAGCCAUUGACACAUUAGAGGAGAUAGUGUCAUUUUUCCACAGCAUGCCUGCCCUUGAGAAAGCGUUAGAUCAAGUCUUAGCCAUAGGCCUAAGAGAGAGCUAUGAGAAAAUCCAUGAGCUUCAAGGGAAGUUCUGCUCCACUUGGCUUGAGAAACAUGACUCUUAUGAAGUCUUUGCUCAGAUUCUGGAGCCUCUGGUAGAUUGGCUAGAAAAUAUUGAUAACUCCAAAUCUCAGAGAUGGAGUUCGGCCGUAUCGAACAGAGCCAAGAGACUACUUCAGUUAAUAAGGGACUUUGAAUUCAUUGUGGCAAUCGUUGCACUAAAAAACGCCUCAUCCUUCACCAAAGAACUGAGUGCAGCACUACAGAAAGACCAUUUUAGUGCUACCUCGCAGCUUAGGAGGAUCAGUGGUAUUGUGGCCAAACUUAACAGAGUGAAAACCAAAAUCAAGGUUUUCCAUCAGAAUUGGUUUGAUGAAGCUUCUUGUUUUGCUCAGAGUCUGAGUGUGCAGGUUAAAGUUCCUGAUAGUGUGAUCAUUCCAAGGGACAGCCUUUUGAAACCUGGUUCAUACUACAAUGAUACAAUGAGUGUCCCUUUAGUUGACCACCUUAUAAACAUGGUGAAAGACUAUUUCUCCAAUGAAUACAAGGAGGCUCUCAACCUGUUGUCCUUGGUCCCUUGCUCUGUGACAAGGAGCUCUGUUUUUGAAAUGCUCAAGUCAAAACCUCCAUUGUACAUUGGUGAUCUUCCCGAUCCUGACAACUUUUUCACGGAGCUGAGCUGCUGGAAAGUGAAUUGGAAAUCGAAAGUGGCUAGUGUAACCAUACCAGAGACCAUUUUUCAGACUCUGCGUCUACCCCUUAUGCAGUACUUCAUAAACAUCAACACAUUGCUGAAGAUUAUGUGUGUGUUGCCAAGCACAGCUUUGGAAUAUUGUGGUGAGGUGAAGCGGCACAAAAUGUAUCAAGACUAUGUGAGCAACACCUCACCUAUGGACAGAUCACCCUGUUCAGCCAUGCUUCAAGUGGGCAUUGACUUUAACAGAGACCUAGACCAAAUGGUUGCUCAGUGCUUAAGGCUCACACCGAAGACAUUGGAGGGUAUUUGUCUGUCCAAAGAAUCCAAAACCUUAGGAAGGGCUGCUGAAAUAAAAACCGAAGAUGACACCCACCUGAUUGAAGAAGAAGACAGGGAAGCUCAGCAGGACUCCAGAAUACUUGUGAUGAAUUCUGAGAUUACUGGCAGUGAAGCAGACAUCCACAAAGGGGGAGCAGAAAGCAUACAGACUCUGCAGCAGUCUGAGAAUAUAGAAGUGUUUGCUGGUUGCUUGGAAGUGGCAUCUGAGGAGCCGCAUGUAAAGGUUGAAGAAGUAGAGCUGGUUCCAGAUGAGAAUGGCCAUUCCAAUGAACCAGCUGACAGCACAAGUAACUGUGACGAAGUCUUUAAACAGGAAGCUAAGCUUGCAAGGAGAAACUGCUCAUUGAUUGACCUCAGUAAACCAGAGCAAGAUGCCGUUGUUCAGAAUCUUGCCUCGUGUCAUUGGGUACAGGAGGAAGGGAAAUUGUUUUCAGAGGGAGAAAUGUUACAAAGAAUUGUAAAGGCCAUACAACAAACAAUCCUCACUGAAGUUCAGGACUCUACUUUCUUUUCCAUCGUCACUGAUAGAACUAUCUCAGUUGGAGAGGUGAAGUUCCUACCAGUCUUUGUUAGAUAUGUGAAUGACUGCAUACCCAAAGUGGAGCUUAUAAAAUCAAAAGAGAUCAGUGAGAGCAAAAAUGGUGAUGGGGUUGCCUGCAGCCCUCAGGUCAUUGAUGAGGAAACAUUAAACAAAGAGUUUCUCAAGUCUUUGUUUGAUCUUGUCGUGAUGAUGGGCACACAGAACAUCCCUCUGCAUGGGCACUCCGACAAAGAACCCAGAAGCAAAAGCUUCACUCCCAGCAACUUCCAGGCACUGUUGGAGUACCGCAUCAAUGCAGGUGAUGAAUUCCUCAGAAAGAAGUUCGAGGGGUCCUCCAUAAACCUUGAGCACUGCUCUUCUACUCAAUUGCAGCAGAUGCUGGAAGUGAUCGAAAACUGUGUUCGUGAGGACUUGUUGGCUGAAGUUAAAGAAGGACGCUUCUUCUCGUUGGUAGUAGACAACCUGGUUGAGAUAGGUGGAGAGAGCCAUCUCCCAUUGUUCAUACGUUUUGUGGACAAGACCAACUGCCUAAGGGAAGAAUUUGUCGGGUUCCUGCUUUUUGAAGGCGAUGUGGAGGCUAUAACCGAGAGGCUUAUUGCUGAAGUAACCGAUAAAUGUGGCCUGGACAUGCAGUACUGCAGAGGACAGGCAUAUUUGUGUUCUGGUGUGUCCGCUAUGAAGGUCAAAGCAGUGGUGGCCAGAAUAGCGGAGUUAAACCCACUAGCAGUUCUCACCCCUUGCUCCAGUUGCUCUUUAAACAUCUGCCUGGCAAACACAAUGACCUUAACAGGAGUGCAUCUUGUUAUGUCUACCCUGAAAAAGCUGGAUGCGUUUUUUAGUAAAACGCCAUUGUUGCAAAAUCAGCUGGAAAGUGCCAUUUCGAUCUACUACCAGGGACAUGAAGAAAAAGCCAAUGUCCUCAAAGAGGCCUGUUACUCGAAAUGGACAGAGCAGCAUGAUACAUUCGAAGUAGCUGUCGACCUCCUGGAGUCUCUGCUGCUUUGCAUGGAUAGCGUCCAUGACAAUGAAGAUCACAAAUGGAGCGAUGAGGUAGCACACAAGGCCUUUGUCAUAUCCGAGGCAUUGGCCGAUUUUGAAUUUGUCAUGACAUUAGUGGUCCUGAAGAACACACUUUCCUUCUCCAGAGCCUUUGGUAAGAAUCUGCAAGGGCAAACAAACGAGGUCUUCUUCGCUUCUAGCAGUCUUACUGCGGUUCUGCAUUCGCUGAAUGGAGUUUACGAGAAUAUCAAAGUCUACCAUGAGUUCUGGUUUGAGGAGGCUGUUAACCUGGCUGCAGCUCUUGAAAUCCCAGUGAAAGUGCCCAGACUGUACUAUAGAAGACGACCAACCUCUGGUGAGAAAAUCCAACCUGAGACCUACUAUAAAGAGCAAGUAACCAUUCCAGUGGUCAGCCAUGUGAUUAAGGAGCUGUCUGAUCUUUUCUCUGAAAAUCAUCUGAAGGCCCUGAAGUCCUUGUCACUUGUCCCUGCUAUAAUGGGACAGUUGAAGUUCAACACUGCAGAGGAGACCAGUGCAGACAUUUAUAAAGAUGACUUGCUGAACCCAGACACCUUUCCUGCUGAGUUGCACUGCUGGAAGAUUAAAUGGAAACAUGGCACUAAAGAUGUUGUAUUGCCAUCGACCAUCUACGAGACGCUUCAGCUGUCUGAUGUGAAGUCCUUCCCCAACGUCUGUGCUCUCCUGAAAGUCCUGUACCAUCUGCCAGUCUUUGCUUUGACAAAUGACAAAUGCAGCACUGCGAAACAACGACUGAAGACAUACCUGGAAGAUACACCUGUGCAUCACAGAAACAAGAGCAUGGCUCUGUUCUUUAUUAACUGUGGCAUUAAGCAUGAUUUGGACAGCAUGGUGGAGAAAUACUUGAAAAUGUAUCCAAAUAGUGAGCUGUCAGAGAAUCAUGAUUGAUUGCAGGUAGCAGCACAGUCUUACAUAUUGCAGAAUGAUGACUUGUCAAUCAGCAGUUUGUAUUUUUUUUUUCAGCUAUAAUUUUGUUACUUUUGCUUUUUGUGUACAGUCAUACAAGAUUACUUGAGCCUUUUCUUAUUAUUCUACCGUUUCAUUUAACAUGGUGUAUAUAAAAGUGUACCCCCAGUUUGAAUUUGAACAUUAAAAAGAUAUUUUGCUGACCAAC